AUGGACUCAUCGGUACUAGAAAGACCAAAGCGCGUCCGAAACCCCUCGUGGAAAGUCAUUGCUGGAGAAGGAGUAAAAGCAAAGAUUUGUAACCGCCCAGUGCCAGACUCGCCUUCUGCAGCUGUGUUGGGAAAGCGCUCUCUUCGCGCGCGCUCGCGCUCUCGCGACUCUUUGGCGCCAGAACCCGAGAAGGAGGCUGCUACCAGCCCAAACCCGGCAGAUACUGCCGGAUCCUCGGCAUCGCGAGGCAAAGGACGCGGCCGGCCACGCGCCGAGAGCUUGACGCGUCCAGCCCUCGAGGAGGCGACUGAAAUUGGCAAAGCCAGGUUUAUUCCGGCCGGACCUUCGGGAUCCCGAGGCAAAGGACGCAAGCAGGCACGCGCCGAGAGCUUGACGCGUCCAGCCCUCGAGGCGACUGAAAUCGGCCAAGCCAAGUUUAUUCCGGCCGGACCUUCGGGAUCCCGAGGCAAAGGACGCAAGCGGGCACGCGCGAGGAGCCCAACGCGUGAAGACUCCGAGAAGCUCGCGGUCUUCUCACAUAAACAAAAACGUAAACGCGUAUGCAGUAGUGCGCUAGCCGAUAGCCCCAAGGAUAUGGACGAGGACGAGGAAUCGGGCGCGACGUCGACACUGCCCACCCAUCAAGAUACCGCCGACCACGAAGUCAUUGUGGUCAGCGACGACGAGGACAUGGAGGCGACGUCCUUAACACUGCCCACUCAUCAAAAUGCCGCCGACCACGACGUCAUUGUGGUCAGCGACGACGAGGACAUGGAGACGUUCGAAGUGCUUGUCGAGCGACAGUCCGGCGGCCGAAAUGUCUUUGUGAUCGUCGACGAGAUCAUUGAGAUCAUCGACGACGAGAUCAUCGACGACGAGGUCAUUGAGAUCAUCGACGACGAGGUCAUGAUGACCGAGACGUCCUCAGAGCGAGGGAUUGCCCGCGCACGCUCGAGGAGCUCAACGCGCGGUGCACCCGUGAAUGCUGUCGAAGGAGAGCGGCUGGAGGCGGAACCUGCAGCGUCUAUGGAGGCGACGCAAACUCCUCCAACCGCGUCAGGCUCAGCGCAACGUACAGGAGCGGCCGUUCAGUCCAUCGGCGAACAACAACCCGCCGCGAGCACCGAGUUCACUGAUAAACGGUUCAAUAUCGACAUCGUCGUUGCCAAGGCUGGGAAAAAGGCUUAUGACCAGUACAUGACGCUCAUGCAGGACCGCCUUCCCAGAGUUCCAGUGAAUCACAUCAACGAAGCCUAUGAGAAGGAGGGGUACUAUCACCUCCUCUGCAAGAAGCGUUGCAACAUCGUGGCUGCUGUCUCUUUCCGCAUCCUCACGGAGCCUGCGCUGGCUGAGAUUCAUUUGGUGGCCGUGAACGCCAACUACCAAAACACGGGUCUCGGAUCCAAGCUGAUGGAUCGUACGGAGGCGUUCAUCCGCGAGAAGUGGCCACAGACAGAGACAAUUGUGAUGAACGCCACAGUCGAGGCUAUAGGCUUCUACAAGAAGAAAGGGUACGAGGAGGUGGAUGAGGAAAAGUACAAGGAGCACCUUGGGUCGUGGACUGGAGUUGUGCCGAUGGAACGCCAGCUGGUGAACGGUCCCUCCGGUAGGCUGUAG